CAGUUGAUGCCCGGCGCAACAGUUGUAUUUCGGAUUCGCGCGCUCACGUUUUGUUAUGGCUGACGCCGGACUGAGUUUUGUAAAGCACAGAACGGGAAAGCCUUUGAAAAGUGCACAGAAAUCUAUUGUGUUGAAUGUUUUUAAAACAUUUUCAGACAAAUAUCCGGAAUGUCGUGUGAACGAUAUCGCGAGUUUAACUGCGGAAUUUACUGGUGUUUCGAAGAGCACUGUGCUUCGAUAUAAACUGUUAAAACUUAUCGGUUUUCAGUACUUAAAGAGAAGCAAAACAAAUGUCAUAAUUGAUAGGGACGACAUUUCACGGUAAAUAUGUAGAGUAGCGGUAUAUGAGGAAAAAAAAUGCUAAAAAUCCGAAAAUACUUUUAUUCUAUGCUCGUUCACUUCCUCUUUUCAAAUCAACCGGCGGAGGUGUCGGGCCUGCGCCGGCCGCUGCCGGACCGCGUGCAGCUGCUGACGCUGGAGCCGUGGGGGCGGGGCCGGCUGCUGCUACGCCUUGAGCACCUGCUGGGGCGAGGCGACGACCCGCGGCUCUCCCGGGAUGUCACCGUCGACCUGCAGGACAUGUUCGAGUCGCUGCGAGUGAGCUCGGUGCGAGAGACGACCUUGGACGGGAGCCAGUGGCUGUCGGAAGUGAAGAAGCUGUCAUGGCGGACGACAGAGGGGAACAGCAGUACCCCCGUCCCCCCCAGAGAACAAGGCACCACCGUCUCGCUCGGCCCCAUGCAGAUAAGGACGUUCGUCAUCUCCACGGCCUGACCAAUCCUCUUCUUAAACUAUGUAUUCAUGUGUGAUGUAUGCAUUAAAGUAGUAACUCUGUAGAAGUGAAACAUAAUAAAUAUUUUUUUUUAGAUUA